CAAGCUCAAUAAUAUUAAAUCUUGACUUCUUCAAGAUCCUCAAAAGAGUCCAAGCUAGCUAGCUCCCGGCCAAGCUGGUCCGUUGCUGCAGCUAGACUCAGAAGAUCAAGCAAGCUGUGAGACAUCGUUUCAUCAUGGGAACCACUUCUGCGCUGGGGGCAACACUUCUCGACCCCCCCAACUCCGCAUGGACAGGUUGCUGUGUGUCUUGGAUGUCCUCCACUGUUGCUGCCUUUGUCUGCCCUGCUGUGGUAUUGAUGAUGCAACCUUGGUUCCCAGGAGCAUUAUCUUAUGCACUGCUAAAAAAUAUGGCUGUUCUGCGAAUGGCCAUCCAUUAUUUUGAUGGUAUAGCCAAAACAGCACGAUGGCUAUGAACGACGAUGCAGAUGAAUAAAUAGGAUAGGAGGGAUAAUGGCCUGCAGAAUCCAUCCAAGCUCUACUAAAACGGCCGCUGUCUAGCUCGACACGUCGAAACCAGCCAGAUCUCCCAACAGCAAGAUUCGCAGCACACUCACUGGCUGGAGCGGGUCUAGUGCUUUUUGGUGGGUGCAGCAGGCUGUCGAUGUUGCUUGAUGACUUUUUGCCGCUGUGGAGUUCUUCUGUUACUAUUAUUCCCUUCUCUCUGCUCUCUCUUUCUCUCCUCUUUCUUUGUCUCUGCUGUCUCUCCCUUCCAAUUGUCACUCGCUUGAUCUUCUUCUUCUUCUUCUUCUUCGUCGUGUCUCUCGUUCUGUCGUAUAUAGCUUUUAAUACUAUCUCUUUCUUCCGUCUGCUCGUCAUUUCUGUCCUACAUAGCUCUCUAUCUACAGCAAUCUCCAUUAAAUUCCCAUACACACGCAAAUAUGCUGUUCCCCACUAUCCUCCUCGCUCUCUCCUCCAUCUCUGGCGUCGUUAACUCGCAGACCAUUGAUCCCAUGACCAUUCCCGUCUCUACAAGAAGUGCGUGGUGCCUCGACCAGGUUUCCUCCUGCCCAUUGAUCUGCUUGCAAGAAAGGGGAACAAAUGGUGAACCCAAGUCAAACGACUGUGACCCGGAAACCCUCACCUUCUCCUGCGUCUGCAGCUCCGGCCUCUCCCCCAAUGCCUCUGAAUUCUCCCAGACACUCCCCUACUAUAUAUGUACAGAAAUCAACAGCCAAUGCGUCCGCAACUGCAACGGCAACUCCGGAUGCCAAACCUCCUGUCGCGAAGACAACCCCUGUGGCGCCCAGAGCCCCAGACGCGUCACCACCACCCCCUCGGCCACCAGCACAGGUGACGCCACUGGCACCGCUACCAAUGAUGUCGUCUAUACGGGCCUAGGUGAGGAUUCGGCUACGAGGCCCGGCAGUGGCGCUGCAGGACUUAGCGUUGCGCUGCAGGUUGGGCAGGUGUAUGCUGUUGGUGUUGUGGUGGCUGGGUUCCUCGUGGGGUUUUCGGUGUUGAUGUAAACUGAGAAAAAAAAAAAAAAAAAAAAGAAAAGAAAGAAAGUGGGGGGGAGGCCCAGAGAGAGGGAUUGAUUCGUUCCGGGGGAUUAAAGAAAAUGGAAGACAAGCAGGAAAGAAACUUCGACUUUUUUAUCACGAAUCAAUACCAUGGUUCCCUUCUCCUCUCCCCUAUCUUCCUUUACUCUGUUCGGAAAGUCGGAAAGUACAUUUCGUACAUAUCAACCUCCCCACAUCACUACACAUGCGGCGUAUAUUUUUGUGGUCCGCUUUUUUCCUUCCAGCGUGCUAAUUUAUGUUUUAUUUUCUGUUUUUCCAAGCGCUGCGUUGUUGCUGGUUUCGAGCCUUCUUGAAGUAACCUACCUACCCCCUUUGUUUAUUCAUUUCUAGCAAAUGGUUUGCAACGUUUCAUAUACUACUUACUUGUUUUUGUUAUUCCACCUUGUCAACUAAUUAAUUAACCCACCUCCCUCUCCUCGCUCAUCCGUCGUACCCUGUCCCUUUUUAUAUUUUGUAUGUAUGUAUGGCUAUGGAUAAGUACGACUUAUCGCAUCCUUUAAUUAAUUAAUAAAUAGGUGAAUGAAGAGUCACAACUUGUCUAGGUGUGGCCGUCUACCCUCCAGGCACAAGAUCAUAUGCAGCUAAGGAAAUCUUCAGUCCGAUCUCUCAAGUCAUCAAUGCUGGAUGGCUUUUUGCACUUCGACAAGGUGUUAAAACCAGUCAGGAUUUUCGCUUCGCAGGAACAUAUCACACCAGAAUUGGGGUCUCGUCCCUGGUUGGGUGGUGGGUAGUGGGGAGUUCACGAGCAGGUACUUUCUGUCUGUAAAGCAGCUCGUUGAAAGGGGGUAGUUUCUCCCCUAACUAUGACAUUUUGAACAGGUGAGAUGAAUUGGGCUUCGAUGUGGGAAUUGAGGUGCGGAAGGGAGAGGGGUAUUCCUGCUGUGUAGAGGGUGGGAGAAAGGAAGAAAUCAAUAGAAAAUAGGCUAUAAGAUCAUUGAGUGCUUAGGAUCAUAUUCAGUAAGUUCAUAUGAAGAGAGAAGAAUAACUAACUAGUUAGUUAAUAUUUGAUGACGUCAUUACCGAACAGACCCCUGGGGGUCGAGAAGGGCUGACUAUACCCAAAAUAGGUAGUUAACUAGCGUAUAUAUAUGUGCUGUUAUACCUCAGAACCUUCUUAUCACGCUUCUCAGAACGACAGCUCAAUGAUAUGUUCUGUGUCCUGGCUUCAUAAACAGAAACUCGCUGGUUGGAGUCAAAUUGACUGAUCAUGAACCUCUUGAAUCAACCUCAUUUUUGCUACAGACUAAAAACAAUGUCUGUUGUGUCCGCGUCGGAGCGACCACAUCUAUUGAAGUGCUGAGUUUCUGUGCAUUGAGCUUGAACAGAGGCAUGAAGAAGUUCAAAACUGCUGUGACUUACUCUUCUAUUAAAGGUCUGUUAUUUUAUUACUCAUAUUAAAUCAAUUCGAUGAUUUGAAUCCCCCAGCCUCUGACGACACAGGUCAAGCUGAAAUCUUAUUUAUUGAUCGCGAUGAAGUAAGAUGUUUGAGGCUUGCAAUUAAUGCAACCCAUAAAUAUCAAAAUGAGCAGAAGAAACAUAUUUACAAUUACAAUUUUUUCUCAAACGCAAACAAGGGAAACCAGAAUUGAAGCUCGAAAUGUACACGUACAGAGGACAUAACAGACUGCUAAAAAGACAAGACUCAUGGUCACAUUUUCAAAGCGCUUGUUACGUCUUCUUGUCACCACCAAGGUUCAGAGCGUCCGUGACAGACCCCAGACCCAACUCACCAAGAAGCUUAUUGAUACCCAAUCCGCCGAGGAGUCCAUUCACCAGCCACUAGGUCCAAGUCCAUUGAGCAGUCUGCCCACCAAGCCAAGAACACCAGUCAGGAGGAGGUUAACCGCAGUAAUGAUCUGGAAGAGAGGUUCGCUCAGCAGAGCCCAGAGCGGGUUGAGCCUUUUCUUUGCGUGGGGCAUAUCGGCAAUCCGCUUCCGUGCAUUGUCAAUGGUCGUGGCGACGGUCGACGUGAGUUCCUUCAGGAGAUCCGCUAGCUGGUGUUCCUCUGGCGAUGCUUCGCGCUGUGCGGACUUUGAUUUCGCCUUGGCUGCUAUCAUCUGCCCGUCUGGAUCGAGCAAGCGGAGGGUGCCGUUGCAUUCUUGAAGGUGGCUACUGCCUUCUUCGAUUCGGGGCUUGACAUUUGUUCUAUCCGCUCUCUCCAUGUGCUAUAUGUGUGUGUUUUGUCAGUAAAGGGGGCUACAUUGACUAAUGGUCCUCUGAAAUCCUGGGGGGGGGGGGGGGGGGAAAAAAACCCCUUUUUUAUCUUAAACACAGGUCGGCCCGGUGGCGGCAAAAAAAAUC